AUGGACAAAUCGGAGUUUCUCAAACAUGAAACGGCUUAUCUCGGUCAUAUUAUCACCAGGGACGGUAUUAAACCAAACCCCGAUAAAAUUUCGGCUGUACAAAAAUACCCUAUUCCAAAGAAUCCAAAAGAAAUUAAACAAUUUUUAGGCCUUCUCGGUUAUUACAGAAAGUUCAUUCCGGAUUUCGCCCGUAUUACUAAACCAUUAACUCAGUGUCUUAAGAAAGGCAAAAAGGUAACAAUAGACAAUAAUUACGUUAACGCUUUCGAAAAAUGUAAGUCUCUUUUGACAAACGAUCCCAUCUUGCAAUAUCCAGACUUUACUAAAGAGUUUAACCUAACGACAGAUGCUUCUAACUUUGCCAUUGGUGCCGUACUGUCACAAGGUCCAAUAGGAUCCGACAAACCGGUCUGUUACGCUUCUCGUACGUUAAACGAAAGCGAAGUUAAUUACAGUACAAUCGAAAAAGAACUUCUCGCUAUAGUCUGGGCUACGAAAUACUUUAGACCAUAUUUGUAUGGACGUAAAUUUAAAAUUUUGACAGACCACAAACCAUUGCAGUGGAUGAUGAAUUUGAAAGAACCAAAUUCUCGUCUCACAAGAUGGCGACUUAGACUUAGCGAGUAUGACUUUACAGUAAUUUAUAAGAAAGGCAAAACUAACACCAAUGCCGAUGCUCUCUCACGUAUAGAGAUUCACAAUGAAGACGUAAUGAUGAUACUGCUAAUAAUGCUCCUUCAAAGGACUCAGACGACAGAGAUAAAACUUGAAAGUCUAUCAGACGGACCAGGACUACUACCGUAUAAACUAGGACCCACGAAAUUGACUACUCACUACCAUACAUUUUUACAGUACGUACAACUCGAUGACAUUGAAGAUAAUAUCCACUCCCUACAGAAUCAACUACUGACUUUCCAAAACCGACUGACUAACGAUACUUACUUACUAUACGAAAUCCAAAUAGAUUAUCUGUCUAACAAACUUGGCAAGGUGUUAAGUCAUCUCAGAACCCUAAAGCCCAAUAGAGCUAAAAGAGGUCUUAUAGAUAGUCUUGGUUCAGUUAUAAAAAGCAUAACGGGUAACUUAGAUUAUACAGACGCGUUAAGAUAUAACGAGGCAAUUAAAACCCUUAAGGAUAAUCAACUGAGCGUUGCAUCCGAAUUCGAUCAACAUCUCAGCUUAAGUAAAGAAUGGAUGUCUAAGCAUAGUAAUGCAAUUAUUGAGAUAGCGGAAAAUCAAAGAAAAAUUAAUGAGACUUUGAUACUUAUAUUAAAUAGUGAUGCAUAUAGGCAAACUAGUUUAAUUAAAUACGCUAAAUUCGCGCAAUUGUUAGAAAUAAUUAGUGAUAAUGUAGAGGACUUAAUGCUAGAAUUAAUUAGAAUAGAAAACACUUUAGCUUUUAUUCGUGCAUCUAGCACGCAUCAUUCUAUGAUAGAUAUAGAUGUAUUAGGUUCCAUGUUAAGUAAGCUUAGAAGUAUUUACAGCUCGGAUCAAAUAUUAAAUUUAGAACUCAGAGACUAUUAUGACGUAAUAAAACCCGGCUCAUAUUACACGGAGAAACAAAUCGUGUUCAUCUUUAAAUUUCCUAUAACUUCUAGAGAUAAUUUUGAUUUAUAUAAAUCAUCCAUUGUCCCAAAUAAAAAUUCACAGGCCCUUAUCCCAACCUAUCCCUUCAUGGCAACUAACGAGUUAUCAUUCGCGUACAUAGAGACAGAAUGUCCGAAGUUUAACCACUGGUAUCUCUGUGAAGAACGCACUACCUAUCAGAUCCGAACACAACCCGAUUGCAUCCAAGAAUUGAUCACCAAGCAAGUCAUACAAGAAGCCUGCAAUCUUACUACUAUCAUUCUGUCAAAAGAAGCGAUGGAAAAACUAGAUGACCAGCAUUAUAUCCUGUCCUUUCCACACUAUACCAAGGUACAAUUGUCUUGCGGAAGAAAAGAAUUCACCAUGCUACAAGGGAGUUAUCUCAUUACGAUUCCAGCCAGCUGUCUUCUUAAAACUGCCGAGUUCACUAUCGUCAACGACAAUAAUGAGAUAAAAGGUCAACCUCUAAAGCUCACUGGACUACCUUUCAGAUCUCCGGAACAAGCUACAGCAUCUACCCGCAUCCACCUAAACUCAAUCUAUCUCCAAGGAUUACACAGCAUCCAAGACAAAAUUCUCAUGCAAUCACCAGUACAACUACGUGCCAUAAGUGACACACUAUACCAUACGACAAUUCCCUUUUAUAUCAUAUUAUCGAGUGGAGGUAUUCUUAUCUUUAUACUGGCCACCCGUCGUUACAUAUCAAGAUGCAGAAAGGAAACGAGCAAAGCAGCGCAAUCACCAACAUCUAAUUCAGAAGAUCAUGGAAACCCCGAAAUUCCGGCAACAUUUUCCCUGAACAUACUCAAAUAG